AUGACUGAUUUCCCAGUUUUUCCAUCAAAUGAUCCAACAGAAUGGAAAUUCCUUGCAGAAGGAAGUGAUUCAAUUCUUUUUGGAUAUGUUGGAACAUCAAUUGAUAGCUUGAAAGGCAAAGCAAUGAGAUUAUUUAAGAAAUCUCUUCUUCCAAAUAAAGUUUACAUCACACCAGAGGAAAGAAAGCACAAAUUACAACUUCAUGUAAACUAUAUCAAGCGUUUUGCUGGAUCUGUUCUUCAAGAUAUUGAUCUAGGCGAUAUUUAUACCGUCACAUCAGAAUUCAUUCAGAAAUUAGCAGAAAUAACACAACCAUUACGCUCAGAGAGACGUGUUAAAGAGUCUGUUAUCGACGUUGCAACAACAAUUUGCUGCUUACAUACAAAUCACUGCCCAAUGGGAUCUCUUACUAUCGAAAUCAAGCCAAAAUGGGGCCAGAAGCCUGUAUUCCCACUUAUUCCAGCCGAUUCUGUUAAGAGAACUGUUUCUCGUUUCCAAUUGUUACAAAGACUCAAAUUAGCUAAAGGCGAAAUUAAGUCUAUUUCUGAAUACGAGCCAGAGGAUCUAUUUUCAAAUGAUCGCCAACGUAUUACUCGUGCAAUGGAAGCCAUGAUCAAAAAUCCACAAGGAAACUUGAAGUUCUUUGUCGAUAACCAACAGGUUGAUGUUGACGAAAAGAAGGCAUUGAAGUUUGUCGAUGUUUUACUUCAAAUUCCUCAUCUAAAUCAACUUUUAAAGAUCCAAUCUCUUGAUGUGAUUGAUAUUGAAGGAAUUGACAUGAUUUUAGAUAGAGCAGGACAGUUAUCAUGGGAGAAUCUCGUCGAAGAUCAAUACGUUAUCGAUGGAGUUAAGAAGAUGUUGAAUGGUGAAAUUAAAGUACCAGAAACAGCCGAAGAAAUGAAAAAAUAUCUCGAAAAUCUUGAUGAGAAACAAUGCAGAUUAUUAGUUGCUGCAUUUUUAAUCGCUACAGCUGCAAAAGAUUGCUCAUUCAUGUUUACAUUCGAUAAUCCAGAAGAACUUAAGAAUCCAGCAAUUUCUGUUAUCGACUUCGAUAUGAAAUACCCAGAAAACCUUAGAAAAUACUACUUAGAUAUUGAUAGAAAGAUUGUUGCUACUUAUCUUAAAUCGAUCGGCAAGUAG